AUGCUGCUGCGCGCGACAGGCGCCUGUCCUGACCGCGAAGAUGGAGGCGCAGCGACCACGGAGCCUGCGCCGAGUGUCUCUGCCUGCGCACCUUCCGCGGCGACCGCCGAGGAGCCCAAGGGCCUCGGGCGCCUCGCGGAGACAAACGAGGCUACCGGGCGGCCGGAAGGCCCAAACCACGCAAACACAGAGGCGAGCCGCGACGCAGAGAAGAGCGGAGACAUCCGCCAGAUCGCUGCGCAGCUCGGCGUGGACUUACAUGCCUUCUCGGGCGGCGUCCUUCAUGUCCUCGACCGCGACAGCCUCAGCAGAAUGACCGACGAGGCGAUUGUCCAGCGCGUGCUCGAUCUGCAGACGCUUCUCACCGAUUUGACCUACCAAGUGGAGGCAGCUCGCGUCUCGAAUUUGGCGCUUCAGCGCGAAAAUGACACACUGCGGGCCUCGCUCGCCUCGCUGCAGUCGCAGGCCGAGGAGGCGCGGCUGUCGCGCCCGUACGCGCAAGAGAAGGCCUCAGCCGCUGCAGCAGUGUCUGCGGCGUGUCAGGCGCAGUUUAGGGUCGCUGAGCUGCGAGCUGCUGCCGCGACGAGCGACGCCCCGCGCCCUGGCGCCCUCGUGGCGGCGAAGGCGCUCGCCGCAGCGGAGAGUGACAACGAGGCCUUGUAA